GAUGCCAAGGGCGUUUUUCUCUAGUCACACUUUCGCCGUUUUCGAUCCCCGUUAGCAUUCUACAAGUGCCUCACCUUCUGAUUGCACAUCGGUAUAUUCGAGGAAACCGACAAUUGAAACAUGGUCCGCCUACUACUCGUCGCAGCUCUGGCUGCUACUUCAACCGCUCUCGCCAUAGGUCGAGGAACCGACCAGGAACCCCUGUUCACGAUCCAGUUGGAACCCGGCGUGACGCAACAGGUGACCGAAGCCGAGAAGUUGGCACUGAAAUUUCAAGGAAAGUCGUUCAUCGACAUCACCAACCGGCCGAACCUUGUACAAUCCGCCACAACCGACGCGUCGGUCAAGGCCGCGGCGGCAGUAUCGUAUCCCAGCGCGCUAAACCAGACCGAAGCGGUUCGCGGUCUCAUCUCCAAGCUCAGCAGAGAAAACGUGCAGGAGAAAUUGACGACGUUGACCGAGUUCCACUCCCGAUUCUACAACACCACAUGGGCCAAGGACGCUUCCGACUGGCUGCUCUCCGAGGUCCAGGGGCUCCUCUCGGAGAGCAAGGCCGCAGGCGCAACGGUCAAGACAUUCGAGCAUAGGUGGGCGCAGAACAGCAUCAUCGCGACGAUCCCCGGAAGGUUAACCGACAAGAUCGUAGUGGGCGCGCAUAUCGAUUCCAUUAAUCAGGAGGGCUGGGAGGCUCGAUCGCCCGGUGCCGAUGACGAUGGAUCUGGCUCUAUAACGAACCUGGAAGCUUUGAAGGCCCUCCUGAGCGAUCCCAAAAUUGUAGCCGGCGAGGCUGACAACACCAUCGAAUUUCACUGGUACUCCGGCGAGGAGCUUGGCUUACUUGGUAGUGGUGAAAUCUUCGAUUCAUACGCUGCCGAUGGAGUCGUUGUCAUGGCGAUGCUUCAGCAGGAUAUGACAGGUUGGGGUAACAAUCCGAUGGGCGUCAUAACCGACUACGUCGACCAAGGUCUCACAGCUUUCAUCCGCCUAGUCAGCGAGUACACGGACAUCGGCUACGUCGACACGCGCUGCGGAUACGCAUGCUCGGACCACGGAUCAGCAACGGCAGCCGGAUACCCAGCCGCUUUUGUUAUCGAGUCCGAUAGGAAAAUUGACAACAGGAACAUCCACAGCGCGAAGGACACUCUCGACACCAUCAACUACGACCACAUGCUCGAACAUUCUAAGCUCGUCCUUGGUUACGUGUAUGAGCUCGCGUUUACUGCUCUAUAGUUAAAAUCAUUUGAAGUCUACCAGCUAUUAUGUAAACGGGUUGUCUGUAUAUACCUAAAUCGACGCCUACGUAUAUCGCGGGAAAUUCCAUAGCAAGACCUUAUUUAAACUUGAUUUAAGUGAAA